AUGUUACCUUUCUUACGAUUCUCCUGGACAAUACAAUCCAUACUGUUUGUUAUUAGUGCACCAUAUAGCCAGUACAGACAACAUGUUAUUAAUGCCUCUGUUGAACAGGUUUGUAUCUUACUGCAUUGGUCAUGGGUUACCUUUCAACUCUGGCUUCUUCCGACAGGAUCAAUAAGAAUUAUAUAUUUUGCAAUUAGUCAAUUAGGCGCUGGAUUUUUUCUCGCUCAUGUCGUUACUUACAGUCACAAUUCUGUUACCAAAUUUCCGUAUCAAAGUCGUUUAUUGAAUAAUUUCCCAUGUCUUCAUUUACUGACAACUCGAAAUAUGUUACCAUCACCGAUUGUUGAUUGGUUUUGGGGUGGCCUCAAUUAUCAGAUUGAGCACCAUCUAUUUCCUACAGUACCUCGUGCGAAUUUACCGCGAGUAUCAAUAAAGGUCAAGAAGUAUUGCGAAAUGAACGAUCUCCCAUAUUUAGCAGAUAAUUACUGGACAGGAUACAAAUUAAUUUUACAUCAGCUCAGAAGUAUUGCCAAAUCGGUAAGCAAGAUUACAUGCCCCUAUAGCGAAAAUUUAUGUGAUGGUUAA